UUGCGAUAUGCUUACAUGACGAUGAACUGCCACAAGUGCCUUCGUCAUGCGGUUCAUGGCUCAAUCAUAAAUACGCGAAAUUCUCGAAGUUCAUGCAAGAUUGCAAACUCCUUACACAAACUUUUAUUCGCCGUUGUCUCGUAACUCAUAAGCUUUUCCUGGAUCAGUACAAUGGCUUCGGCACCUUCGUUAACACUUUGGUAUUCGCCCCAAGCAUGUUCUAUUGCGCCGCAUAUUUUGCUCAAUGAGGCUGAGCUCGACUUUCAACUUGUUCUGGCCGAAGUUGACAUGGCUAAAGACGAGCGGUUCACGGACGAGUUCAAGGCUCUCAAUCCGAAAAAGCGAGUGCCGGUUUUGAAAAUGAACGACGAGAUUAUCACGGAGGUUCCGGCGAUCGUAACUGCCAUCUCAUCUCUGGCCCCUGACCGGAAAUUCCUUGGACAAACGACUUUGGACACUAUCCGUGUAUAUGAGUGGCUCAAUUACCUUGGAGGAGUGGUACAUGGCCAAGCAUAUGGCGGACUCUAUCGGCCGGAAAGACUCGUCGAUGACCCGAAGCUACACUCUGCCAUCCGAGACAAGGCGAUAAAGAACCUCGAACAGAGCUUUGUAUUGAUAGAAAGCAAAAUGCGUGCAUCUGGGACGACUUAUGCAGUGGGAAAUUCAUUUACCGCCGUCGAUGCUUAUCUAUUUGUGUUGUACCGCUGGGCGGGAGCGUUUAUUGCGAGCUUGGGAGUUGAUUUCCCCCAUUUAUCAGCCUGGGCAAGCAAGCUGUUGGAAAGAAAAGCGAUUCUCAGGGCUCUGGAGGUUCACACCGGCGUUUAAAGCACAUCGCAAUAGCACCAUCGAUAUAUUCGCAAUCAAUGGAGUUGGUAUAGCU